UCUUGGUUUGGAAGGACCUGGAGAGGUCACCAACUGCAGCCUCCUGUUCUAAGAACCACCCAACAGAAACUUACCAGCAGAAGGGUGUUCAGCUUGAGAGUGCCACUGGGGUCCAGCAAAAAAAGCAGAAUUCAGCAACACCAGGACCUAGGAAACCUUGGGAAGCAGCUAGAGAGUUGCUCUAAACAUGUGAGGAAUUUGACAUAGGAACCUAAGGCUCUUUGUGAAUUUAGGUUCUGGCUGAUGUGAGCUAAGUGCCUUAGCACCCUUGAGAGCCUGGCCCCAUGCCCUGAGUCUCUCUGCUCUCUAAAUGCCGCCUGGCAUGUGAAAGCAUCAGGCACAGAGCAGCUUUUCAUCUGGUAGCACUGUGCAUGCAGGUGAGCCUGAAGGGGCACUUCCAUGCACAAAACAACAUUUAUGAUCACGUGUGCCACCUAUAUUUCUCCUUAUGAUGUAAAGAAAUAUGGGAAUGGAGUUCUCUGCUUUGUUUUUUUGUUUUUUUCUCUCUCUUUUUUUUUUUUUUUUUUUUUUUUAAGUUGCAUAUAAGGUUGGUUUACUGAGAAACAAGAGUAGUUUCUUCCCUAACAAUUCUGGUGGAAUUUCUACCUUGUGAAAAAGAUAAUGACAUUUUGAGGAAAAAAAAGAUAUUGUGAGGUGAGUGGCUUUCAAGUCUUUCAACUCUGCUCAAAACAUUGAGUUUCUAUCCCCAGCAUUUCUCUUCCCAUCAGAAGCCACCCCUGGGCACAACCUUUGACCCAAAAAGUCACACUGAAAGCAAUGUUUUCAUGUUUGCAUGAGACCUGUGGUGACUUUUGCCACAGACAGACACAUGCUGAGAAGUAAGUUAUGACUCUGGAGAUGUUAAGGGGCCAACUGACCCCAAACUACCCCCUGCUCUCUCAUCCCUGUCAGCAAAAAAGAUUGUGUGAGCUUCAAGAGGGGUCAGUCAGGCUACUUCAAUCCACCUUCCUCAGCUGUGUAAACUCAGCCUGCUGCUAAACAAAAGCCUUUGUUUCAUGCCAUUCCAGUGAAUGGCCAACUGCAAGCCUGGUCAGAUGGAAACUGAUAUGAAAUGCAGAUGCUUUCAAAAGCACAGCAUUUAAAUUUUACUACAAAUUUCCAAAACACUAGGCUGAGAGGGUGUGGAUGGAAUAAUGCCAGCAGUACCUAGCAAAAUCUGCAUUUUACAGCCUUCUUUAACACUUUUAACUGCAGUGCAACUAGUGACCCAAUUUAUUUUUUUCUCAUGGAGCUUGCAUCAUGUGACACUGCUGCUUCACAAAUUCAGUUUGCUUAACCUCAGUGCAAGUCAGAUGAAAAGACAUAACAAUUGAAAGGAGCUUUAGAUACUGACCUUGCAGGACCAUGUGAAUCAAUCAGAAAAUGCUUCCACACAGGUGUGAAAACUGGAAACCUGGGGAACUAACAAAUUCCCAUAGACCCAGAGACUGGCUAAUUCUGAGCUGAAAUGAAUCAAGCUUCAACAACACUGUCAAGUGCUCAAUGGCUAAGGCAGUAUGUCCUGAUGGUGCCUGCUGUCCUCCAAAAUGACUCUCCAGGUCAGGGUUGCCUGCAGUUCCAUAACCUCAACGAGACAGUAUACGUCAGAGUAAUCCUAGAAUACAGCUCUGUUAACACCACUAUUUUUAAGAAAACCAUGACAGCAAGCAGUGGUCUACAAUGCUUCAAGUUCACGAUUCCUCCUGCCCACGCUUCACCUCUGGCUUUCAUCUCCUUCUCUGCCAAGGGCAGCACCGUCAGCCUGGAGGAGCGGCGGUCAGUGAUGGUCUGGAGCACAGACAGCAUUGUCUUUGUGCAGACAGACAAACCCAUCUACAAACCAGGACAGACUGUGAGGUUUCGUGUUGUUGCCCUGGAUUUAAAUUUUAAACCUGUUCAGGAGAAGUACCCCUUGAUUGCAAUUCAGGAUCCAAGGGGCAACAGGAUCUUGCAGUGGCAAAAUGUGAAGUCAGAGAUGAACAUUAUUCAGCUGGAAUUCCCACUCACUGAAGAGCCUAUCCUGGGGAACUACAAAAUCAUUGUAGAAAAGAAGUCAGGAGAUAGAACAAAUCACUCAUUCUAUGUGGAGGAAUAUGUGUUGCCAAAGUUUGAUGUCACAGUCACGGCCCCAGAAAGCCUCACAGUCCUGGAUUCGGAGUUCACAGUGAAAGUCUGUGGGUUGUACACCUAUGGCCAGCCUAUUGAAGGGAAAGUCAAGCUCAGUGUGUGCAGGGAUUUUGAUUCAUACGGGAGGUGCAAGAAAAGCCCAGUUUGUCAAUCAUUUACCAAAAAUCUGGAGACGGAUGGUUGCCUCUCCCACGUCUUCAGCUCCAACAUCUUUGAGUUACAUCGCACUGGUUACAUGAGGAACCUUGAUGUGAAAGCCACUGUGACAGAGAAAGGAACAGGCCUGCAAUUUACAGCUGCUCAGGUUAUUUCCAUAACUCGGGUGAUGAGCACCAUAUGGUUUGAGAACAUGGAUCGCCACUUCAGAAGAGGAAUUCCUUACUUUGGACAGAUCAAGCUGGUAGACAAAGACAACUCUCCAAUUUCCAAUGAGGUCAUUCAGCUAUUUGUCAAUAACAAGAAUACAGACAAUUUCACCACGGAUCAUAAUGGUGUUGCUGAGUUUAGCAUUGACACAUCCGAAAUGCUUGAUCCCGAGAUGAGUCUGAAAGCAGUUUACAAAACCAGUGACCACUGCCACUAUGAAGGCUGGAUAGAGCCUUACUACCCAGAGGUGUCUCUCUCCGUCCAGCGCUUCUACUCUUGGACUGGCAGUUUUGUGAGGAUUGAGCCCCUGUGGAAAGACCUGAAAUGUGGGCAGAAGAGGAUGAUCACUGUGCACUAUGUCUUAAACACAGAAGGAUACGAGAGAAUCAACUCCACGAACUUCUACUAUGUGGGCAUGGCAAAAGGCAAGAUUGUCCUUACAGGGGAAACUAAAGUUAAUAUCCAAACUGGCCAGAAUGGCACUUUCACCAUUCCCCUUGUGGUCAGUGAGGAAAUGGCUCCAACCCUUCGGGUGCUGGUGUACACCUUACACCCUGACAAGGAGCUGGUGGCAGACAGUGUUCAAUUGCCAAUUGAGAAGUGUUUCAAACACAAGGUCCACUUGGAAUUCUCUGAAAAGCAGAUGCAUCCAGCUUCCAAUGUCAGUCUGGUCAUUGAAGCUGCUGCCAACUCCUUCUGUGCUGUGAGGGCAGUGGAUCAGAGUGUGCUGCUCCUGAAGCCAGAGACAGAGCUGUCCAUGGAAAUGGUUUACAGCCUGCAUCCCCUGCAAGAUUUUCAAGGCUACGUCUUCCAUGGGUUCAAUCUAGAAGAAGACUCCCAAGAGCCCUGUGUCUCAUCUGACCAUAUCUUUCACAAAGGCUUGUAUUACAUGCCUGUAAUGUCUGGAUUAGGCCCAGAUGUGUAUCAAUUCCUCAGGGAUAUGGGAAUUAAAUUUUUCACCAACUCCAAGGUUCGACAGCCAGUUGUGUGCACUGGUGAGACUGUAAGGCGCCAACCAUAUGUAGUGAAUGCAGGGCACGGGGCUUCUGCACACCAUGUCAAAUCAUCAGCUGAAGCUGCUAGGGAGGAACAAGAGAGGACACUCAUCCUUGAGACUAUUCGGGAAUUCUUUCCUGAAGCUUGGAUUUGGGACAUAGUUCCAAUUAACUCUACUGGAAAAGCCAGCAUCUCAUACACCAUCCCUGACACCAUCACCAACUGGAAAGCCAGUGCUUUCUGUGUGGAAGAGUCAGCUGGAUUUGGCAUGUCUGUGCCUGCCACCCUGACAGCCUUGCAGCCUUUCUUUGUUGACUUGACCUUGCCAUACUCCAUGAUACGAGGAGAAGAUUUCCUGCUUAGAGCCACUGUCUUCAACUACCUUGACCAGUGCAUUAAGAUUAAUGUCUCACUGUCAGAUUCCCUUGAUUAUCAAGCCAAACUCAUCUCCCCAGAGGAUGAUGGAUGUGUAUGUGCCAAGCAAAGAAAGACCUAUGUCUGGAAUAUUUUCCCCAAAGAAAUUGGUAAUGUGGUGUUCAGCAUUACUGCAGAGACCAAGGAUGAUGAAGCUUGUGGAGACAAAGCUCCCAGGAACAUCAGUAUUGCCUACAGGGACACCCAGAUCAGAACACUGCUGGUUGAGCCUGAAGGAAUCAGAAGGGAAAAGACUCAAAACUCCUUAAUUUGUACAGAAGAUGAUGUAGUUAUUCAAGAUAUAUCUCUAGAGCUACCUACAAAUGUUUUGGAAGGAUCAGCCAGAGCCUCCUUUUCUGUUGUUGGUGACAUCAUGGGCACUGCCAUGCAGAACCUGCAGCAGCUCCUCCAGAUGCCCUUUGGCUGUGGGGAGCAGAACAUGGCCCUCUUUGCCCCCAACAUCUAUGUCCUGGACUAUCUGAACAAGACAGGGCAGCUGAGCAGGGAGGUCAGAUCCAAGGCCACUGGAUACUUAGUGAGCGGCUACCAGAAGCAGCUGUCAUACAAACGUCCUGAUGGGUCCUACAGCAUCUUUGGCACCAGAGAUAGGGAAGGGAACACCUGGCUCACUGCCUUUGUGUACAGAUCAUUUGCACAAGCUGGUCACUCCAUCUACAUUGAUGACCGUGUCCAGUCCCAAACCCUGCUGUGGCUGUCCAGCAAACAGAAGCUAGAUGGCUGCUUCCGGAGUGUUGGCACACUCUUCAACAAUGCCUUGAAGGGAGGAGUAGACGAUGAGCUGUCACUUUCUGCCUACACCACCAUUGCCAUGCUGGAAGCUGGGCACUCCAGUUCGUACCCUGUAAUCCGAAAUGCCUUUUUUUGUCUGGAGACUGCAUCUGAGAAGAAUAUCAGUGAAGUUUACACCCAGGCACUCAUGGCCUAUGCUUUCUGCUUAGCUGGCAAGGCAGAAAAAUGUGAAUCAUUCCUUGAAGAGUUACAGAAAUCAGCAAAGGAAGUUGAUGGCUCACAGCACUGGGAGCAGGAGGAGAGGUCUCCAUCAGACAAAUCUCCCUCCUUCCUUGACCAUGCCCCUUCAGCUGAUGUGGAGAUCACCAGUUACGUGUUGUUGGCUCUGCUCCACAAACCCAACCGGAAUAAAGAGGAUCUCACCAAGGCCUCAGGGAUUGUGCAGUGGAUCAUCAGGCAGCAGAAUCCCUAUGGAGGUUUCUCUUCUACCCAGGACACAGUCAUUGCCCUUCAAGCACUCGCUGCUUAUGGUGAGGCCACCUACAGCUCUGCUUCACAAAACGGAGUCAAGAUCACUUCCAAAAAGCCUUUUGAGAAGGUAUUUUUUGUCAACAAUGAGAACAGGCUCCUGGUGCAACAGACACCCCUUCCAGAGGUCCCUGGGAAAUACAGCCUGACAAUGAAUGGCAGUGGAUGUGUAUUUAUGCAAACAGCACUGAGAUACAACAUUCACCUUCCAGAGGGUUCCUCUGGAUUUCUGCUUUCAGUACAGACAUCGAAAGCUUCCUGCCCACAGGACAGACCAGCAAAAUUUGAUAUUGUCCUCGUAAGCAGUUACACGGGGAAACGCGGCAGCUCCAACAUGCUCAUCAUCGAUGUGAGGAUGCUCUCUGGCUUUGCUCCUGUUAAGUCUUCCCUGGAUAAGCUCAUUGACAGUCAAACAGUGAUGCAAGUAGAAAACAAGAAAAAUCACGUCCUCCUUUAUCUACAAAAUCUCUCACAGAAGAAAAGGAAAGAAAUCACUUUCUCGGUUGAGCAGGACUUUGUAGUGACCCACCCCAAGCCAGCAGCUGUGCAGAUCUAUGACUACUAUGAAACAGAAGAGUAUGCUGUUGCUCAAUACUCAUCACCUUGCAAAGAGGUUGUUGCAGAAACAGACUGAGGAUUCGAAAAGGAGCACCAUAAAUGUUGAACAAGUGGUCAAGCACCCUAUUUUCUUCUGUCAUGAAGUCCUGGAAAGAGCCAUUGCAUCACAGUGGGGCUCCGUGACGUUGAUUGAGCUAGUGUCUGACUCUGUUUCCUUUCACAGCACCUCUCUCCAGCUCUGUAGCAUAAUCAUGUAUACCUUUCCACCAAUAAACCUCCCUUUUACAUUG